UUUUGAGUGGUUCUAGCAUCAAGUCUGGAAAAAAGUUGGCAACGCUGGUGGAAAUCUGUGAACGGAAUUGAGAAAUUCAUUAAUGUUGAAGUUGAUUUGAUUCCAAGACUUUUGAAUGAGAUGAGUGUUGAACUUUUGAAAUGGUUUGGCAUUUCUGAAACUAAAGAUAAUGAUUUUGAAUUUUAACAGCUGAGAACCACCAAACAACAGUAGUAUUUUUGCAACCGGUUAUGGAUGAUUAUCAAACCAAGAAGGUCCAUGAAGUUCUAAACUAAUCAGUAAUCACAGAAUUUGAUGAUCCUUCGGUUGAGUUGCUGUUGCUGAAAAAGUAGAAAAGAUGUGUCUUGCGCCUCUGAAGUCAACAUGAACGCAAAUGUUUACGCUACGUUGCAUUCUUCUGUGCACUUUUCCGUUUUCGUUAUGUAAUAGGCCUACAUUGUAGUUAUCUGCUUGGAUAACUUAUGCUGCGGAUGUGUUCGUCUUCUACACCGAUUCCAGUUGUCAUGAGCAUACCUAUUGCAAAUAUUAUACGACUGAAUUGUUUUCGUGAAAUGAAGCGAAAAACUUCAAACAGACGAGAAUGAAGAACAAAAAACUGGUCUACGUUGACGAAUCCAAAAUUUUCAUCACUCGUUUAAGCAAUUAGGAUAAGGUAUAUUUCUCGUAGUGCACUUUUCGUCGGAGUAACUUCAGGCUGUAGAUUCGUCGGCGCAAAAAAUAACAUCAAAUUCCUCCGCUUCUCCGGUACCAUUCGCUGAAAAGUUUUCCGAAGAAAGGACGCUGAGCGGGGAGAUCGAUGUUAACGAAACUCAACUGUAUGCUGCGUUAUACUUGCUUCUCGGAUACGAUGUUUAACGAUCAGCUUUUAUACAAAGUUAAUUCCACGAAAGUGUGCACAUGGGGCACACUCUGUGACCUCGCUUCUUCGUUGGUGAUUUCAUUUAAUCGUUUCGAUUUCACUCGAUUACCCCAACGCGAAGAUUUUAUUUCAUCGAAUAUGGAUUUGUUUUACCGAAAUAACUUACGUACCAGUCGUGUGCCGAUGUAAUAGAAAAUAUCCUACAGACCGAUGAACGAUGAAGCCCAAGAAUUAAGAUUUUAAGAAAAGAUUCAGAUACAUUCUUCUGUUCUGAGGAAUAAGAUCGAUAUUUAUUUUCAUCGAAGUCCAAGAAAAUGAAGAUGAAAAUAUUCCUGGAAGUACCUACGAAGAGUAUGAACUUUCUGACUGCUGGAAUAUCGAAUACGAAUCUGAAGAAAAAACGACGAAGACUAUAUAUCGAAUAAAAAAGACACGCCGCGAAAUAUGAAACGCCUACGAGAAAAAUAUACUAUCCAUGGUGCCAAUUCGGAUAAAUGUUCGCCAACUUGUAGCCCUGUCCAUCCAUUGGCCUUGUGCCUCGGUGGUCCUGUAUGUGCGAAUCAACAAACUGUUGUGCGAGCUACCAGAACACCUCCUCACAAUCAGUACCACGGUACGACGAAUGGUAAAAGCAAAUGUUUAGGAUUGACUUGUGUCGUAUGCGGAGAUACCAGCUCGGGCAAACAUUACGGCAUUUUGGCCUGCAACGGAUGCAGUGGGUUUUUCAAACGCAGUGUUAGGCGUAAAUUGAUCUAUAGAUGUCAAGCCGGUACAGGUCGGUGUGUCGUCGAUAAAGCCCAUAGGAAUCAAUGCCAAGCGUGUAGAUUAAAAAAAUGCCUUAGUAUGGGAAUGAAUAAGGAUGCUGUUCAAAAUGAAAGACAACCCAGGAAUACAGCCACAAUUCGACCGGAAAGUUUGGUUGAUAUGGAUCACGAAAGAGCCAUCAGGGAAGCUGCUGUUGCUGUAGGAGUUUUUGGGCCUCCGAUUUCGGUCGCUUUGGGGUUAUCUCCGUUACGGUAUGCUCAGACUACCACUACAGCUUUGGGUAAUCCGCCUACGCCUCCUGAAACUGAUUCGAGAAAUAACGACGUACCGGAAGAUGAGGAUAGUAUAGAUGUGACCAACGAAGACCCACCACAGCCUUCGGAAGGUAUCACGCCAACUACGACGAGUUCGCAGUCGCUGCCUUUUGAGCCUUUGCCUCCGUUUUAUAAUCCGGUUCACGAGAAUAUUUACGAAACUUCGGCUAGAUUGUUAUUUAUGGCGGUCAAAUGGGCUAAGAAUUUACCCUCUUUUGCUGCUCUCCCAUUUCGGGACCAGGUAAUCCUAUUGGAAGAGUGUUGGUCAGAAUUGUUCUUAUUGAACGCGAUACAAUGGUGUAUUCCACUGGAAACCAAUCCAUUAUUCAAUACCUCCGAUCAUUUGGCAGCCAUUCCAAAUGGUAAAGCUAGUCAAGUCGCAGCUGAUAUUAGAAUUUUGAACGAAAUCCUCCAUAGAUUUAGACUAAUCGCCGUCGAUCCGGCUGAAUUCGCUUGUAUGAAAGCUAUCGUUUUAUUUAGAGCUGAAACUAGAGGUCUAAAAGAUCCCUUACAAGUUGAAAAUCUACAAGAUCAGGCGCAAGUUAUGCUUUGUCAGCAUGCUCGAGGUCAGCAUCCGGCUCAAGCUACGCGUUUCGGUAGAUUACUAUUGAUGUUACCAUUACUCAGACACGUUCCCACGGUUCGAAUUGAGAAUAUUUUUUUCCAAAGAACAAUCGGUAAUAUACCAAUGGAGAAAGUACUUUGUGAUAUGUACAAAAAUUGAUUAAUAUUUUCCAAUGUGACAUGAACUUGAAUACGUUGGCGAUGUAUUAUGUAUAAAAAAAAAAUCUCAGUGUUUUUCCUCUUCUUAUAUUAUUAAAUAAGUAUUUAUUUUUUUUUGGCUCGUUUGUUAAAAUACCUAUUAUUGUUUAUGAUUUGUUAAUUUUUUUUUUUGGUUGUUGUUUUAAGCAUGAAUUAUGUAUCUACCUAUUAGUAUUAACCUAAGAGAAGUGAAAUUCAGGGCAUUAAAUUAUAACUUAUUUCGAGUAACUUAGAUAGAGAUACAUACCCAAAUAAUUACGAUGGUACUCGUCGUAAUUAACCUACCUUGAAUGUUCAAUGGAUAUUCUAUUCAAUAUGGGUAUUUUGUAUCGAAGCUAGAUCUUGACAUAAAAGGCCUCUUUGAGGCCUUGUAGGUCCUUCUGUUGAAAUUUCGUCUCAAAUUUAUGGAUAAUGGAAGAUGAACGAGUCAAAUGAAGAAACUAUAUCAAACUGAACCAUUAACAUGAGUCAUUUAUUUAUUUAGACCUAAAAUAGGUUCUAAAAUUUGGGUUCUUUUUGAAAAAUUUACGAUUACACGUUGCGUUGGCUUUAUAUUGAAGCUUCAGUUUUGUAAAGCCGAAAGAUAUUUGUCGGCGAAUUGGCAAAGCCUCAGAAUAGGGAUUUAAAUUGGAAACACGUUCAUUGAACCAGUUGUGCUACUUAGGCUAUGUGAAGUGGCAAAGAGAAAUCUGAAUUACUGCUGAAUUUCUAUUAUUUCAGAUUUCUCAGUGUUUCCCAUAGAAUUUUUAGUUUCAGCAUGGCUGUUUUUAGUGUACAUAUAUUAUAUUUUUAAAAUCAUUGAAGCUGAUUUUGAUUUUAUAUUUAUAGACCAUUUGUUGAACUUGAAGUUCUAAUUUUUCUUGUUUUCGAACUCGUCAUUUACUACAAGUAGUGUAACGAAAAAAUUAUAUGAUUUGUUUUUUAAUGC